AAUUUUGUAUUUUGUUAUGCAGAUUCUGAUAAGUGCGUCACCUUCACUGUCUCCAUUAAGGAAUGUGAGAUGAAUUCAAGUACUAUCGAAGGUAGCUUUUGCUCCUGUACUGCCAGCUGCCUAUUCUUCGAAGAUUGUUGCUAUGGAUCAUCACGCACAUUCGAGAAACCUUACACCAUGAUUCUGGAUAAGCAGUAUUGGAGUUGCACCCGAUUUACCAUUGGCGUCGCACAGAAUACAUCUUGCAUUUACAAUUACUUUGUAGUGGACAGGUGUCCAUCUUUAGCUGGACCUGACCCCGAGUUGGUAUGGAGAUGUGAGCACCCGAUGGCGAAUGACACUGUCUUUGUUGACUCCCGGAAAAUCUUCUUCCGCAACAGGUAUUGUGCCCUUUGCCACGGCGUAAACUCAUCGGAACUCACCCCUUACGUUGUUUUUGCACCUUGUCAGGACAACCCACCGAAUGUGGAUACGUUUUGUGGACAGCAACCGUUCAAAAUUGACGGGAAUCACCCUCCUGCUCCUCGUUCAUGUGUCGAUGAUUCCGCCAUCGUAUCACAAUGCGAUUCACGAUUAGCAGACCGAAUUUCACAAUUACUUUGUUCGAGCGAAAGCGAGCAAAGAUUGAUGGUCAAUGGUACUAUCUACAGGAACGCUGAUUGUGCAAUGUGCAAUGGAAUGCUAGUAGACAACAACGAAUCACAAUGUAGAGCGUCAAGAUCUGAUAAAGUCCCCGUUUUUAGCACCGCUUACUUUUAUCCAGAGCUGCGAUGUACGAAUGGCCUUCGAUUAUCUGGAACCGAAUGCAUCCCAGAAGUCAGUUCCUGGCCAGAUUGCAAGAACAGAAGCGUCAUCUUUGCUGUCAUCGCCAAUGGUUACAUGCAGUGCUACGGUGGCUUCAAACGUUUCAAAUACAUGAAAACUCUCAUGAACAUCGAAAGUCCGGUCAUGUCGAGCUAUGAAUUCGAUUAUGAUGUCUCUGACGGGUAUUUCACAACCUUCCUAGAGUUUCCUGCUGACAUCCUACCGCACACGAGUGAACUGGAAGACUUUAUUGAAUACAGCUUAGAUGAAACACAGGAACAGAGUUGCCCGGAUAGCAAAAUCAUCAUCCGAGAAAGAUGUAACAUUGAUUAUGAAAUAGUCAUGGGUAAUAGAAGUAAUAUAUCUCGCAUUGUAGAUGACCCCCAUUUAUUUAAACCGGUGGACAUCAAUGGGACAGCUUAUAUCAUGUAUAAUGACACCACUUUCGUGACGCCAUUUUUGUGGGAAAACGACACUUAUUUCUCACGUUUUUCAAACAAAUGGAAUUUCACCAAGCAACUGUCCUUCUCGCUUUAUGGUAAGGUCGUUGACAUAGACACAUGCGCUGCUAUCAUUGUUGGAGACUCGCUCAUCACCGAAAAUGAAAGAGACAAUGUUACCUAUUUGAUAUACCAGGACAUCUCAUUUCCUCCAGAGAGCUACGUUCGUUACCUGAAUGGCUCUGUCCGUCUAUGCUGGACUGGACCCGAUCCUCCAGAACCUGUCAGCAUGUUCCAGUACUCCAAAGGACAGUAUAUUUUGAACCUCAUACUCCUUGUUCUGUCCUCCAUCUGUCUCUUGGCGACGUUGAUCACCUACUGUAUCUUCAAGCCUCUGAGGAACCUCCAAGGCCUAUCCAUCAUGAGCUUUGUGUCGGCCCUUCUUGUUGCGCAGUUGAUGCUCCAGUUCAUCGCUCCCAACAUGGUAUCUUUGCCAACCGUGUGUACGAUAGCAGCUAUCAUCACUCAUUAUUUUCUCCUCGCUAUCUUCGCAUGGACGAACAUCUUGGCGUACGACCUUUUUCGUUGCUUCGCGUCCUCAUCUUUCCUACCCAAGAGACAUAGUCAGAAGACACGUCUCAUCUGCUACUUUACUUUUGGCUGGUGUCUUCCUCUCGUCAUCGUCGUUCCCUGUCUGAUUACUCAAGUUCAGAACCCUUCGCUGUUUCGCUACGGCAAGAUCGGGACAUCGUGCUGGAUCUACCAAGCCAGGGCUAUCGUUCUGGCUUUCUUGGUACCUGUCGCCGCCAGUUUCCUCGUCAACUUCGUUUUCUUUUUGUUAACUGCCUACGGUGUUCACAAGAGUAAGCGUGAUUCCAGCGUUCUCCAUACAGGUGUUCAAGAGCGACGGAAAGAGAUUUUCACGGAGCUGGCUGUCCACUUCAAGAUAUCGUGCCUGCUUGGUUUUGGAUGGUCCUUCGGUUUCAUCGGCGCCUUCGCCCAGUCUGCUGCUGUUUGGACAAUCUUCAUCAUCACCAGCUCUCUGCAAGGUAUCUUCGUCUUCAUCUUCUUUGGCGCUAACCAACGGGUCAGGGGUCUCUGGCGAAAGAAGAUUUACGGAUCCAAAGCACGAGGGAGCACUACGACAGGAACGUCUUCUACAAGUGUGGGAUUGAGAGACAUGAGUCAGAAAUAAUUAUGUACAUGUAUCAUCAGGUUCAACUACCCAUGUCUAGAAGUUAUUUCAUUUCAUUUUUCAUUUAUUUAUUUAAACACGGAGGCCUACCUCAGCCCGCGGACUGUUCUUCUGUAGGGCCGUGCAUAUACAUAAAAACAUAUAAUAUCAAAAUAACAUAUAUACAACAUAAUUCAACAUAAUAAUGGUAACAUAAAUACAUACAAAACAAAAAUAACAUAAACUAAAAAUACAUAUGAAAUAUUAAAAGGGGAUGGGGAUUACUCAUUAAGGGCUCUUGGUUCCAUAUACUUAUUUAGAUUACGUUUGAAAUUUAUAACAGAUAACUCACGUUUAAGUUCUGGUGAGAUUGAGUUCCAGCAUUUCGCACUGAAAUAGCUGAAACUCUUUUUUUUUAAACAUGUUUUUAAUUUAGGUAGUACAAAAUUAUUAAUUGAAUUUCUCAUAAUAUAAUUACAUUUUUUUAGUUCAAAUAAAUCUAGCAAGUAAUUAGGACAAUUAUGAUUAGCAAUUUUAUACAUCAUGUAAAGGGCAUGUUUAUCUCU